AUUAUUUAGGUACUAUCUCUCAUAUAGGGUUCCAUCACACUCUCUUCUCACUGUCGCAUCCGUGGUAGAUCUCCCAUUUAUCCAACCUCAAAAAAAGGUUAUUGGAAUUCGGGGGCCCUGAUACAAAUGAUUCGUGGGCAUACCAGAAUGGCACUUUCUGCUGGUGCGAUGUUAUAUCGUUCCUCACUUUCAGGUCCAGUGCGUCUGAUGACGACAGAAACACAAAGUUUUGCUGCUAAGCUGAACAGAUCUGGAUUGUUGCGGAGUCAGGCUCUUAUUGGAGGGAAAUGGGUUGAUUCAUAUGACGGGAAGACUAUAAAGGUCCACAAUCCUGCAACAGGGGAGCUAAUAACAGAUGUUCCAUGCAUGGGUAGAAGGGAGACGAACGAUGCAAUUUCUUCUGCCUAUGAUGCAUUUAGUUCUUGGAGCAAAACUACUGCUGCGGAAAGGAGCAAAUUAUUAAGGAAGUGGUAUGAUUUGCUAAUGGCCCACAAGGAGGAACUUGGACAGCUUAUGACACUAGAGCAAGGGAAACCUCUAAAAGAGGCCAUUGGUGAAGUUAGUUACGGGGCUGGUUUUAUUGAGUUCUCCGCUGAAGAGGGUAAACGUAUAUAUGGUGACAUCAUUCCAUCACCGUUAGCAGAUAGACGAUUAUUUGUCUUAAAGCAACCAGUUGGUGUUGUUGGUGCAAUUACACCAUGGAAUUUUCCCUUGGCUAUGAUUACCCGAAAGAUAGGCCCUGCUCUUGCUUGUGGUUGUACGGUGGUGAUAAAACCGUCUGAACUCACUCCCUUGACUGCUUUAGCAGCAGCUGAACUCUCCAUUCAAGCUGGUAUACCACCGGGCGUGGUGAAUGUUGUUAUGGGAAAUGCACCUGAUAUUGGAGACGCACUGCUUGCGAGCCCACAGGUUAGAAAAAUUACAUUCACAGGUUCGACCAAGGUUGGGAAAAAAUUGAUGGAAGGUGCUGCUGCCACUGUUAAAAAGGUAUCUCUUGAGCUAGGAGGCAAUGCACCUUGCAUCAUUUUUGAUGACGCAGACCUUGAAGUAGCUAUUAAAGGAGCUCUUGCAACAAAGUUCCGUAACACUGGACAAACAUGUGUAUGUGCCAAUAGAAUACUGGUGCAAGAAGGGAUAUAUGAUAAAUUCGCAAAUGCUUUUGCAAAAGCUGUCCAAAGCAUGAAAGUUGGAGAUGGUUUCAGUGAAGGUGUAGAGCAAGGCCCUUUAAUUAAUGAAGCAGCAGUACAGAAGGUUGAAUCUUUUGUAGAAGAUGCUAUUUCAAAAGGAGCCAGUGUGCUUGUUGGGGGAAAGAGACAUAGCCUUGGCAUGACCUUCUACGAGCCUACAGUCGUAACUGGAGUUAAUAAUGAGAUGCUCUUGGCGAGGGAGGAAGUAUUUGGACCUGUUGCCCCUCUAUUGAAGUUCAAAACAGAUGAAGAAGCAAUCCAUAUGGCUAAUGACACUAAUGCAGGUUUAGCUGCUUAUAUAUUCUCAACAAAUAUUAGAAGAGCUUGGCGUGUCACUGAAGCUCUUGAAUAUGGAAUCGUUGGAGUUAAUGAAGGACUAGUUUCAACUGAGGUAGCUCCAUUUGGAGGCGUGAAACAAUCAGGUCUUGGCCGUGAAGGUUCUAAAUACGGGAUGGAUGAAUAUUUAGAGAUGAAAUAUGUCUGCUUGGGAAGUAUGAGCUAAAUCACCGGUGUAAAUUCUCACUAAU